CGCUUUACUGUGCACCGGUUGCUUCGCACAGGACGCGGGAUUAUGACGCGUCGCUCGUAAAAAAAAAAAAAAAAAAAAAAAGAAACCACUGAUUAUAUAUUUCCGUCGACUUCCUUUCUACAUUUAUAGUAAUAAGAUUAUUAUUAUAUAGAAUCAGAUAUUAUAAUAAAUUUAUUAUUAUAACAAAAAUAAUAUCAUGGAGUCCUGCGGUAUGAGCCUGAUUAAAUAUAUCCUCUUCGUCUUCAAUUUGAUCUUCGCUAUUUCUGGUAUUGGGAUCAUCGUAGCGGGAGCUCUCGUUCUCGGAGAUGUCGGCGAGUUUAGCCAUUUUAUCGAAGGAAGGAUAAUGGCACCUCCCAUCGUCCUCAUAGUCGCUGGUGUUAUUGUUUUUAUUAUUGCCUUCCUUGGUUGUUAUGGUGCAAUUAAAGAGCACUAUAGCAUGUUGAUCGCUUUCGCAGGUGCGCUCUUGAUUAUUUUUGUGAUCGAACUUGCGGUUGGAAUUGCAGCAGCAGUUUUCAAAAAUGAUUUCAGUAUGGCGAUGAAGGAUACGUUAAAGGAAUCGAUGAAGAAUUAUACUGACGCAGACAAAUUUGCCUGGGAUAAUGUGCAGAGCAAGUUGAUGUGCUGCGGAGUAGAUGGACCAAAUGAUUGGACCAUGAACAAUGCCUUCAUUGCGACUUUGCCACCUUCUUGCUGCAUGAAAAUGCAAAAUCCUUGUGGAAUUGGAAGUCUAGAUGUUAACAAAGAAGGUUGCUUCGAAAAAUUGAAAAUGCGUGUUCAAAAAGGAGCUACUAUAUUGAUCGGUGUAGGAAUCGGAAUUGCUUUUGUAGAGAUUGCUGGUAUAAUACUUGCUUGUUGUCUAGCUAUGGCCAUAAAAAGAGAGACUGCUAAAUGAAACGAGGUCGUUUAAUUUUUCAUACGAAUUUUCUUUUUUACAUUACUUAUGUUCAAUUUAUUCGAUUUAUAUCUAAUUACAUCAGCUGGUCUUCAUAAGGAUAACAUAGGAAUAAGAAUUAAGACAGAAUCGCUUCCUCGUAUGAAAAAAUAAUUUAUAAUGAAAAAUAUACUUAAUCGAUUGAUCAAUAUCUGUUAUGGGUAAAAGUAAAAAUGAUAACAAAUAUUUCUUGCAUUUUGUUGUAUUUUUGUAACGUGUUUGUGUAACUAUACAGGGUGAUUCUUAAAUGUAUAUCAAUACUUCAGGGUUUAAAUUUAAUAUAAGAUAUAUAGGACAUAUGUUCAUAUAACUUUUUUUUACUUAUAUCAGUAUGUAGAUUUAAUUCCUAAAUGCAUUGACAUUCAUUUAUGAAUCACCCUUUAUAUACAUGCACUUAUUACAACGAAUACAUUUAGAUUAACUUGUGUGAACGUGUAUGCUAGAUGUUUUAGUAGUUAAUAGAUAACUGUCACGUACUGUUGUUGGAAAAAAACUCACAUCGACCGAUAAGUCUUUUAAUGUCUUUUUAAUAAAAGCACCUAUUUAAUGUAUACUUAGGUAUAUAUAUAUAUAUAUAU